UUGUUUUUUUUAAACACAUCUCAGGUAUCAUGCGCGUUUUGUUCUGGCCUUUGAAGCCGGGUUUGAGAUUUGGAAUGAGGACCGUCGCCACUAUCACACGCAGAGGGUUUUACCCGGGUUAACGCUGCUUCUCCAAAGUGAGACAUCCUGUAACCACUCGCAUUAUGAAAUCAAACCACUGAAGUCAUUUGCAGACUGCCUUGGCAAAUGGAGAUGGAGAGAAAACCUGAGCUUUGCAGCCCGUUCGUUCCACGGCGAAGCGCUUUGAGGAAAACGAGUGCAGAAAUUGUCAGUGAAGCCAGACAGUCCCUGCGAGUCCAGUCCACCCAGCGACCAUUUACCCCCAGAGAUGGACACAGGCAACUUUUUGGAAAGAGCUCGGCUCGUGCAGACCGUGACAACAGGCCUCCAUCGACCUUCAGUCUUCAUGCUCAAAGUUUUGAUGCUCCUGACUCCAGGCCAGGUUCAGGGACUCGCCUCUCUCCUCUGGACCACAAGCCGAAGUUUCCAGUCCCCUGCGAUGCUGAGGAUUCAUUCAAGGCCUUUCCCAAACCCCCCACUGACCCACUGGAAGUGAAGAGGGGCUUGGCAAGGACACGGGCACGCCUGCUCAGGGCUGGAUCUCUCACCAUGUUGCCUUCUGUGGAGGGACACACAGAUGUGAAAGAGAGACUGAAUCCAGGCCCAGGACAAAAGCAGCCGUCAGCUAAACGACUCCCCAGCACAGAUCACACUGUGGUCCCAAGUGGUCCCCACAAAGCUGGCCCACGCAGAACAGCAAGUGAAAGUAGAAUAAUGCCGCCUGGUGAUGACUCAGGACCCACAGAGUGCAGAGUAGGACGGAGAACAGAGCUGGGGAAUGGAGAAAACACCACAAGCACAGAGGAGGAGGAUGCAGAGUCACUGGUGUGGAAUAAUGCGAUUGCUCCUCUUCUCCAACAACUAGAAAGUGUGGCUGCAGGCAGUUCUGAGGGCUCGGUGGACCGCCUCUGUGAUUUGUGUGACGGUCUCCAUGGCACCUUGGCAGAAGCGGACAUGCUCGGCCGACGCUGUAAGAGGAGGUCAGGGAUACUUCGAACACUGUUCCGCCUCAUCGACCUCAACUCUGCCCAGCUCAACCUGCACAUCGGCAAGCUGUGCCUCGCUCUGUCUGUCAGUGGAAACAACCUGCUCAACAUCUGUAAGCUCAUCUUCCAGAUCAGCCGCAGUGAAAGCAACGACAUCCUCUUCCAGAACAACUCUAUCAUAGACUCGCUUCUGGGAAUUUUGAGCAAUGAGGAUGUGUCUACAUCUGGUGAAGCUCUGUUGUACUGUGUUGGGACUCUGAAAUUUCUCUCUGGAAACAGUGCAAUACUCAGACUCCUGCUGGAGAAGAACUGUAUUGGUGUGGCUCAGAAACUCAUCCAGAGGCUCUGCGUGGUAGAAGACACCAACUUCACUAUAGCAGGGCACAUCCUCGUACAGCUGACAGCGACACUGAGGAACCUCGCAGAUCACCCUGACUCCCGUCCACUCUUCAUCUCCUUCUCUAUAGUACAAGAGCUCUGUUUGGUUCUGCGGCAUCAUCGCAAAGACCAGGACAUCUGCACCAACAUUUCCAGAAUAUACAGUAAACUCUCCUCUUACUCGGAGUGCCGCCUCGCUCUGGCCCAGACCCCCGACUGCUACCAACUAUUUUUAGAACUGCUGAGCAAACAUCACCAAAAACAGGACCUUGUCGUGCGCCUUCUUUUCACCCUCGGGAACCUCACAGCCAAAAGCGACGAGGCUCGGCAGCAGCUCUUUCAGUGCAAGGGCUGCAUGGACACACUUCUGCAGCUGUACGACAGCUACCAGCUCAGAGACGAGUCGCCGCACACACCCUCGCGGAAAGGGCCCCCUUCCCCCAGCAAGCCUCUUGCACCACCAGUGAGUGUGCAGGAACAAGAGGAUGUGCUGGUGAAGCUGGUCAGGGUGCUGGCAAACAUGUGCAUCCACCCGGCCGUAGGUCCAGCUCUGGCAGCCAACACAACCUGCAUUCAGCUGCUGAUGGAGACACUCGAGCUGAGGUCUGUGCAGGGAAGCGAGGAGCUGUUGGUGAAUGUGGCUGCCACCAUCAACAACCUGUCCUUCUACCAGGAAGAAAGCUCUGUGCUCAGACACAGUCAACUCGCCAUCGCAGAGCUGAUGUUGAAGUUGGUACUCAGCUCCAGUAUGGACGCCAUGCUUGAGGCCACCCGUGUAUAUGGAAAUUUGUCACAGUCCAAGGACGUACGGGACUUUAUUAUGCAAAACAAAGUGCACCAGUUCGUAGUGACGCUGCUGGACUCAAAAAGCACCGAGAUGUGUUUUUCCGCCUGCGGGGUCCUCACCAACCUGGCUCUGGACCCUCCAAACAGGGUCAGUCUCUCACUAGAGGGGGCUGCUGCCAAAUGAAGAAGAGGCUCUAAAUGGAUAGAGAUGAAGAAUUUAUGAGG